AUCACGCACACAGGGCACGCGAAAAGGAAAGAAAUUACCGACCCACCUUGCCUCCCCCGCGAUGCCCUCGUGGGCAGGGCAGGCGCGCCCCUCCGCGCUCGGCCGCCGCCGCCACGUGCCUCCGGUGGCCACUGAGGCUCGCCGCAACCAGCACGGAGCCGAUGCGUCGACACCAACGCGGGAUCCGUCCGCCCUCCUCGCUCGCCGUUGACUCUGCCAUAGACGGAGGUGCUGCUGCGGCAUGCGAUCCGAUGCCAAGACCACGGGAGAAUUGAUGCUGAUGAUCCCCUCCUCCACCCCAACCCACACCCGUCCCAUGGUCGCCGAGGCCAGCCACAUCAUAGUAUUGACAAGAUUGAGAACUUGGAACGUCUUUGAUGUACAGAAAGAAAGCAAAUUGUGCUUGGAGAUAAUGAUGCAUGAUGAUUUCAGAAGUACGGUCAAAUGGAAGGCUGGAGGAAGAUUUUUGAAAUGGCAAAGGCGCCAGUACGGACAUGAGACAAGAGUGAUGACAGUGGAGAAUGUACGAAUAUGCAGCCUUAACAGUAAAAAGGUAAAACAGUUCUUUCAUUUUGUUUGUUUUGCUCUGGAUAUAUAUGGCAAUUGGACAUAUAUAUGCAGGUCUGACUUGUUUCUUCAAAGGGAACAAAGGUGUCCUCUUCAUAAUGGUCAAGGACACAACUGCCAGCUUGACAUAUUUCGGUUUAACCAUCUCUUUUGUUUGCUGCCUUCAUUGUUAUUAUUUUUGUCAUAUAUCUUUUUUUUUAAAGUCUUGCUCCAAAGUUUUGUUUUGGAUAUGCACAUUCCAUAUUAGUCAAGACGUGCAUUGGCCUUUGAUCCUAAGUUUAGAAGAAGCUUGAGUAAUUAGCUCUAUUUUAUACGACUGACAAGAUAUCAGUAUUCUUCUCUUUUAGCUAUAUAUAUAGUCAGGAUUCACAAGUAAGGAUAAACAGUUACUGAUGGAGUCAGUUUUUUUCCUGUUUCCUGAUAUUCAGUAGCCUUAUAAUUAGCUAUUUCUAAGUGAGUUUGUCAGCAUCGCUAUUUUUACUACUUAUGAAAGAGCGACCAUUUUCUUUCUAGAAGUUAAAAAGCACAGAAAACACAUGGCUCAUGAAGGAGCCAAAAUAUUAAAAAAACAGAGAAUUGGAUGUAGACUCCUAGCUAGCAAGCUCUCUUUUGUUACUUUCAUAUUUUAUAUGCAACUGGUUCAUCUCCCAAUAUGAACAUGAUCCUUCAUGAAAAAACAGUGGCCAGUUGCAUUGUCUUCUAUAAUGUAAUUAUGCACCAUGUAGUACUAGCAUAUGACAUAUGUAUAAGUUGUAGACCAUGGUGGAAGGCAUUAUGAAUUAAGAUUUACAAGUGUGAGUAAUCUCACUUGAAUAUAUUGCCAUCCAUUCCACAUUUUUCUACUCACUUUGUUGUUCGGCACAGUUGUAUUGUCAAUGCGUUCUUGCAAAUGAUUUUAUUUUGUAUGGUCACCCUAGAUGCUACCACAUAAUUCGAGUUCAUACCGGUUCUUUUAUAAUUGAAUGGAAGUACAUACUGAUUUUAGUUUCUAAGCAAAUGUUUGACAGAUUCCCCUUCAAUCCGAAUCACAGGAAAUGGAAAGUUCGCAAGAAUCAAUGCGUGAAAUCUACAUGUCAUCAAAUAAACGACCUACGAUACGGGAUACCAAAGAGUGUAAAUUGUAGCUCUAUUUCCUUCUUCAAACAGAUCUUUUUUUUGGACCAAUUUAUGUUGUACUAUUAUCAUGCUUUCUUAAGAAAAAUCAAGAUAAAUUAGCUUGUCCAAUGACGCGAUAUGUUUAACAAUGGGGGUUUGAUAUAAUUACUUAGUAGAUUAUUAUUUUUAUGUGGUAA